AUGGGGAUGCUAACAUUUGGACGUUUUCUCAGUCGCCCUUACCCUCACAAUCCGAACGGCCCUACAAUCUUUUCAUUUCAGCAGAAAUUAAUCAUGGAGGACGCUGGCUACCGCCAAGGAGGGCCGUCCAACAACGCGAUGGGCAAUGAGUCCCCUGUGUUGGAGUCAGCAGCAGGAGAUGGAGCGAGUGUCUUCUCUGAUACAGAGGAACUUGGGGCUCCUACCGAUAAUUCCCUCCCGUCUACACCUGGCAGAUUAUCACGGAAUCCUUCCUUCUCCAAUAGCAGUUCCUAUCAGGAAGACUGGGAGACUUUCCCUCCGUUGGACAAAGUCAGCGUCUUCGAUCUUCUCGACACCUUUUCUCUCACCCAGAGACUUGAGAAAUGGCAACAGACUAUCAAUGCGCAGAAAGAUAAGGUGAAGAAGCAGCGCGAGAAGCUGAAAUCGAGCUCGAUGAAUGCCAAGGAGCGGGUUGUCGGGGAGUGGAAAAGACGCGCCCCCACAGCAGAUGAACAGCUGGAGAAAUACCGUCGUCGCAUGAAGGAUGGAGUGGAGCGCUUGGGGAAGCAGUGGAACAAUACCGCUACAGUUACACUUCGCGAAAAGAUUUCGUUCAUCGCUGGUGUUCUCAAUAUCUUCAUCAGUGGCUAUCUGAUCGGAGCUCAUCCGGAAUAUUUCUAUAUCUGGUUCAGUGCCCAGCUGGUAUACUUCAUGCCGAUUCGAUACUACAGGUACCACAAGAAGGGCUAUCACUACUUCCUGGCUGAUCUCUGCUAUUUCGUCAACUUGCUUUGUUUGCUGAGCAUCUGGGUCUUUCCGCAGUCUAAAAGACUCUUCAUCAGCACAUUUUGCCUUACUUUUGGCAACAAUGCGGUUGCAAUUGCAAUGUGGCGGAAUUCUAUGGUUUUUCACAGCAUGGACAAAGUUGUCAGUCUUUUCAUCCACAUCAUGCCUCCUACAGCCUUACACUGCCUUGUCCACUUGACCUCGGCGGAACGGCUCAAGGAACGGUUCCCGGCAAUUUAUCACAUCAAAUUCAGUGAACCUGGAUCUCCCGAACAUUACUCCCUGCCAUCCAUGAUAUUCUGGGCGACUGUGCCAUACAUAAUCUGGCAGGUGGCUUAUCACCUCUUGAUUACGGUGCGCCGUGCCGAGCAAAUUGCCGCGGGACGCCCAACCAGCUUUACAUGGCUUCGUAAGUCAUAUGCGAAGACCUUGCUCGGAAAGAUUGUUUUGAGCUUGCCUGAGGCAUUGCAGUCGUUUGCAUUUAUGUUGAUCCAAUAUCUCUAUGCCCUGUUUACGAUGAUCCCCUCUCCUAUAUGGCUCUGGUCUCGAUGGGCUAGCGCUGCAUUCUUGUCUGCUCUUUUCAUUUGGAGUAUCUACAAUGGCGCAACGUACUACAUUGACGUCUUUGGCAAGCGAUUCCAGAAGGAACUCGAGGAGCUCAAAAAGGAUGUCGCGCGAUGGCAAUCUUCCCCAGAGGGUGGUGCAACGAGCCCACUGAUGACACCAAAUGGCACUACUUCUUCUGGGGCCCAGAUUUUGGAUGACUCGACAACAGCCCAACAGCUGGACAAGGCAACUCUCGACCGUAUUCCUCCCCUUGAUCACGCCGCGAUUUCGACUGGCGCCCAAGAAGCAACCCCAACCAAUGACUCUGAAGUGCGGGAGAGGAAGUGA